AGUACAUCCGCGGUGCUGGUAACGCGCGCUCGGGUUCUCUAUAAACUUUUAGUGCGCGGUAACGCGAUAAAUAUCGUUACUUUAUACGAAACUUAGACAAACAAGAUUUGACUGCAGUGAAUUAUUUAUUUGUGAAUAAUGGUGCGUGCUAUGUGACGAUGUGGUUCAAAGUGCAAUAAUAUUGAGGAGCAAAAGGAUUUCUUUUUGUUUUCAAGAUAUUGUGUGAUGGUGCGGUGAUCAGCAGCCAUGUCGGCGGUGAUGAGCACACUGUCGAUAAUCAGCGGCGGGCGGCGCGCGCACCGCAAGCUCGCCAGCUCACGCAAGUCAGGUCAACUGUCUGAUGCUGGCGAGGACCGCUCACGAACUAUUCACGAGCUCAACAAACAACAGCGAUCCGCCUCGUUGCAAACGCUGGAAACUGGCGGUGGCGGCGUAACGAACCUCGAGAGCUUAGAGGCCAAGAUGGCGAGUAUUGAAGUAUCCUUGGCCGGGUCACGGCGACGUAGCGCGGGAACCCGUGACGCGGCCCGGGAUCUCGAGGCUCUACGAACUGCACUUACCGACAAGGACACACUCAUACAAAGCCUCAAGAAACAGUUGAGCGCAUCGCUGAGUGCUACUCGUCUGGCUGCGCAGGCGGCGUCGCCGGCACCCUCGGGCCGGGGGGAGGGUUGUCCCUCGCUGUCGGCUGAGGAGAGGCGCGCGCUAGAAGACCGCGCCGCAGCCGUGCACGCUGACCUCGAGACACGACGCAACAAUAUACAGGAACUACGACGCAGGCUGGAGAAGACACACGUUACCGACAAUAUCGACACACGGAUCCAGCAAGCGGAGUUGCAAUACAAAUUGGGCCGCGAGGAGCUGGAGCUGUUGACGCUGGGCGAGCAGGCGCGUGCGCUCGCGCAGCUCAUAGAGCAGUGCGACGCAGCCGCCCGGCGCAGCGAGCGCGCUACACUAUAUAGCACAGUACGUGAGUGUGGUGGCACGGCGACUCUGGUAGCGGCAGAAGCGCGCGAAGGUUCAUGGGGGCCCGCAGCACGUGGCACAGGCGUCUGCGUCGACUGGACUGCCGAUAAUACACCACUACGAUCAGGAGACAGGUUAGUAGAAGUGAAUGGCACGGCGAUGGUGUCGUGUAGGAGCGUGGACGAGGUGCAGCGAGCGUUAGGCGUGGGUCCCGCGCGGCUCGUGCUGCUUCGAUCACAAGUGGCCGCCAGUAACGUCACGCCUGCGACUCAACCGCCCCCUACGGCUCUCACACAGACCGAGGCAGCGUCGCUACGAGCCGAGUUGGGCGUACUGAGGUCCGCGGCGGAAGAAGCGGAACGAGCUAAAGAGGGUUUGCGAGCUGAUAACACACGCCUUACACACCGCAUCUCCUACCUUGAGGAACAAGUAGCAGAGAUGCUGGCCAGGCAUGCGCAGCUGCAACCGAUGAGCAGCAACGACAGCGGCUGCAUAACAGUCAACAAAACUAAGAAAAACGUGACCAACAUCAACAUCACGUCGGAGCCGCCGUGCAGGCGGAGCCCCAAAUCGGAGGUGCAAGUGUUCCAGAAGGGUCCGGACAUCACGGCCAUCGUGGCGAAGCUGCCGGGGCUCGAGGGUGCGGAGGCGGACCUACCGCUGAUGAGGCCACGCUCCAACGCGUCCGGCGCCUCCUCCCGCGCGCCCCCCUCCCCACCCCCGCCUGCCGUGCGCCCGCACCGUUCCCACAGCUCGCACAGCGUCGAGCACCGCGGCACCGCACACCGUGCCCGCCACUCGCUCUCCCACCACUUCGUCCACGCGCCCGCCGACUACGGCGCCGAAACCGACGCCGCCAUCCGCAUGAUCGAGCGCAACCAGCGGCACAUCGAGCGGCAGCGGCUCAAAUCGGAACGGCUCAGCCGCUCGAAAGCCGACGACCUGUUCCGAUCCGCCGGCGACCUCGACGUCCAGGAUUCACCGGCGAGUCGCGGCCAGGCUGACCGCGACCCCUCCGAAAUGGAGAAGGUCGCCGAUCGGAUCGAAGAGAGCAUAAAGAAAACGAACUGGGCCGAGAGGAAGACUCUGUCGAUAAUAGAGCAGCUGAAGCGCUCGCAGCGGCUGCGAAAAGCGAAGAAAGCCGACAGCUCGGAGGACGUGCGGCUCGAGACCGAGAAGCGCCACAUGUACCGCCGGAUAGACGGGAAGGUGCUCGAGAACGCGCACAAGUCGAGCAGACGGUCGUCGAAACUGCACUCGCGGAGCGCCAAAUCGUCCGAGUUCGAGUCCGAGUGCUCCGACUUCCCGAACGGCGACGUAUACGGAAGCACGCCGCGGAUCGACUACGGUUCCGAGUCGGGCUCAACGAGACUCGGCCACUACAGGAAGAACGACGACCGGCGGGAUGAGGCGGAUGCGAGACCGACGCCGCCGAGGAAACCGCUCCGGCUGUCGCUACAUAAAGCGCGGAGCGCGCACUCUCUACUCAACGGGAGCGAAUCGGAGACGCCGAGUCGGCCGCCCUCGAACACACAGAACGGGGAUUGCGGGGAUGCGGGCAAAAGGCCGGUGAAGCGCACGCACGCGGCGGACAGGUGGGCGCGGGAGCGGGAGCGGGGGCGGGAGAUGUCGCGGGCCACGCCGCGGCCCAUCCGCCGCGCGCUGCAGGGCGCGACGCCCGCCGCCGACGACCUGUACCCGGAGCCCACGCCGCUCGUGCCGCCCGCCAGGUGGUGCUAGCGCUCUCCCCCUCCACUCGCCGUCAGAUGAUAACUCCAUUGGCGAUAAAAGUGCAAUGAAAUACCGUCGCACGUUUGCGCUCCGCCCAAACAGAAUUCGGGGAGUAGUAUUCGCUCCCGGAGUUUGUUUUACCAGACAGUAGGACGCUAGUAAGGACAAUCCGGCCGCAUAUUCCGAAACAGUGAACAAUGCAUGUAAAUAUAUUCCGUAGCACGAUAGGCACCCACCGCGUGAAUACUCACACGUAGGACUUAAGUAGCACGUAUUUAUUUAAGGCCUAAUUUAAGUUUUGUCACAUCGAGGCUAUCUAUGAACUCAGCCGAUAUACCUAUAUAAAAACGAGCGACGAUUUAUAAUUGAAAAUUACCGUUUUAUUUGACUCCUUCCUUGAUUACCUACAUUUAGCCAAUGUGAUCGAUUUUUCCCUCGUAUCUCAUUAAUAUAGUCACUGUUUGGUGACGCGUCAAUUAGAACGUAACUGUAAAUCUACUAAUGGCCCUGUUAACUGCCACCGCACCGCCGGCACGUUUGAUCUUAUAGAGUCACAGUAACAGCUAGAUGCGCGGCGGUGGCGGCGAACAGCCUCGUGUACACAAAUGCUUACAAUGUAACAUGAUGUUUGCAUAAAAUAGUCAAUUUGAGCGUGCUUGAUCUCAGAAUCAGAUGAAUAGUAAUAUUAUUAAACAAAAUUUGUACCAGCAUAAAUAUUAUUUCAUGUGGAAUAAAAAUUUUAUAAAAGUUAUAAAUCACAAAUUUAUUAUCUUAUUUCAAUAAAAACGAUAAAUAUAACUAUAUAUUUAUCGUUAUAGUAAUACGACGCACCGGCCGUCUGAACUCAGUUUAUUCAGUCGUGUAGGUUUAUUUUUUAAUUGUAUUUGUAAUAGGCCUCUUAAGUAACUAAGAUACUAUAAAACAAAAUAAGAAAUUGACCAUACAGUAUCGCAUUGAACAAUUAUAUCAAAUAGGUGGGUAUGUACCUGGUUUCAAUGUACAAUAGUAAAUAAAACAAAUAACUCUGGCAAUAAAAUUAUAUAUUUAGUUGCAACAAAAACAAUGGACAAUAUUUACAAUGAAUUAAACAGUACUUAUUAUAAACACAAAUGAACACCCAGAGCCGCACGCGACUGCGGCCGACGCAACGUGACAUGACGUGGCGCGACGUGCCGUUGCGUGACGUCACAACUUAAGAACACACUGUCAUAUACCAAAUUAAUAUUCUCGACUAGGUAACUUUAAUUGAGCCGUAUUAUGCAGAAGAGAUUCAACCUAUACAAUUAACUUCUAUUAAAAUUUAAAGCUAUAAUUAUGUUUUACAUAAUAAAAGUGUGAUAUUUAUGAUAAUAAAAAUUAUUUCUAAUUAAUAAAAAUAACGAGUCUUUUAGACAACAGAAUAAAGAUAUUUUUUUUUAUUACUAAAUUUAUAUUUUAGCCGAUUUGUAGGCUGGAUCAUCUACGCAUAACAUGAUCCAAUAUCUCGACAACAAGCUCAAUAAUAAAAUGAGAUAGAUGUAACCCACUAUCUAUGAACAUUUAUUAUAAAAACCGAUAAAAACUGGCAAUAAACAAAAUAAAGAAUAAUUAAAUUAUCAGUCAAAUUUGAUUAGAAUAUUAAUUAAAUAUCACAGGAGCACAUCAUAUUCUAUAAGCAAAUAGACACAACAGCAUGAGGCUCCAGGUCCUAAUAUAAUCAUUUAGUAUUAACCAAGUGAUUGCUAAGCAAUAUUACAAUGUACGAAACUGCUGGCUCUAGCACACGGUGCGAGUAGCUGGAGCAAGUAAAGGUGCAAGUGUACACAUUUACAUGAUAAUUUAGUUAAGUCUUAUCUCUACUCUAGAGAUACGACAAAAGGGAAUGAAGUUGUAGAAAAAUACUGAGACGCUCGUAAAUAUGGUGAGCUAAUCAGUCCUUAACUUUCUGCACUUAUUACAUUAAGUAGACACCAAUGUGACUCAACAGAGUGAAACAUAGAAAAAUGAACCUUAUAUCUUGAUAUUAAAAUAAGUGUACAGUACAGUAAUGUUCAAUCUUAUAAUGCCUUGUCUCUUAGGAGUGGAGUCUACAUUGAUCGUCAUAAAAAAUGUAGAACUCUUUCACAGAUUGCUAUCUCUCAUUUGUUCUGACAAAUAUGGAGUGUUCAAUGCAGAAACUUGUAUAAAUAUGGUUAAAAGUCUCCCACACUCUCACUCCACUUGAUGUUACAGUAAAACAUUGAUAUUUGUUAUAAUAUAUAAAAGUACUUAGCAAUGACUUCGCUAAUAAUAGUUGGAUUCAUGUGAGCUACAACAUACAUAAAACAAGAUUCCAUAACGCGUACAGAUCCCUUGCAUUAUUUUUUAAUUAAACGGCAACAAGUCUUAAUGAAUCCAUAUAAUACACAUCAUUUUCGACUGUGGGUCAAAUCUGAGUGAAGACUUUCGUCAUGAAUAAAAAUGCUAAAGCACGAAUUUCAACCCAAAGGCUCUAAGCAUACAGACUAUAUUUGCAUUUUCAGUGAAGUUGACAUAACUGCAUCUAAACUACACUUCAAUAGUGCAGCACACAUGCAGGCCAAUUCUGUCAUAUUUAUAUAAUAAUCGCAUCUCAAUAGAAUCUACGUAAAGUCCAUUAUAUGUCUGCCUCACACAAUGGUGAUUAAUAAUAAUAUCGGACUUCAGGUAGAUAAUACAAUGGGAUAAUGGAAGUAGUUAAGAUUCUAUUUAAAAAUGAGAUGCGAUUAUUUAAAAAUUAGCCAAAUUUACCUGCUGGAUUCAAUAGUUCAGUUGCAAACUGUAGAUUCAUUGCAGUUAGAUCCACUACACUGCGCAUAUUUUUUUAUUUAUUUUAAAUAAACUGUAACUCUGACAACUGCCCUGCAGUUUUAAUACGUCCAACUGUUCAAACCCAUAAUAUGUAACUAUAAAAUAGACUACCACUAACAUGACAUGUCUAUGCCAUGCUGACGUCACAUGCGCAUCACUGACGUCACACGGCUGUUGACGCAACACUACAAGUGAACCGUCGCGUCGUCCGCGCACCAACGGAUCUCCGAGAUAUACGUGUAAAUAUUUUAUAUACAUUAGAGUCGAACACUCUCAUUGAACAGUCUUCAAUAUUCAUACUUCAGUUUCUCUUGGUAGAUGUGACCGAUCCAGAGUUAGAUUCAUACUGUCACAUUAUUUAUAUACAUCUCAUACGACAGGUCUCAUGUAAAUAUUACCAUCAAUAGAAGGUCUUUGGCAGCGAUGACAACUCUCAAGACGCCGAGAGAUUUGCUAUUUGAUCGAACUCAGUCCGACAAAGAACAUACUCCUUCUCUAAUAAGUCGACUAAUUCGUAAACCUCCCACGAUACAUACAGUCUUAAUAAUAAGCCAGGAUCUAAAUUUUCGAAAGUACAAAGAGUCACUAAAAUAAAAUUCUAAACAAAAAAUUCAAACUUAUCAUUUAAACGCUUCAGUAAAUUACAAAAUCACCCGAAUCGGUCACCGGGCACCGGCCGUCGUCUCCGGUUCGAUGACAAUUUUCAACUUCAGCACGACGCAUUUUCAAUUCAUUCUACCCCGUCGGGGAUCUCACCUUCCAUUCGACGUUCGCGAGCCACCGUUUCAAAAUCAACGUUCACCACUCGGGUCGCGGUACCAUCGACAGUUUCACUCUCGAUAAUCGACCUCUUAAAAUAUUCAGGAAAUCGAUACGCCAUGUGUAAACACUAUCGAUAAAUAAAUCGAUACUAUCGGCACGAGGACGGCGACACUAUCGAUAAUACAAGUACGGCCUUCACUAUCGACAGGGGACUGUCGUAAGCAACACUAUUCACCGGCACAUUUAAAAUUCGAAGCAGCGUCCGAGGUUGACGUACUUCUUGAGUGCGUACGGCAGCGGCAGUUCCUUGACCCCGCGCUUCAUGAGUAUAGAGAGUCGCACGCGGCGCGCGUCGGCGGAGGGCGCAUCGCCCGCGCGUCGCUUGCAGCGGCGCCGCUCCCCGCAUGCGGCCGCGCCCGCCCCCGCCCCCGCGCCCCCGCCCGCUCCCUCUGACGACCCCUCCGUGGAGGUGGAGGAGCGCGCGCCGCCCGAAUACCGUCCGCGCUUCUGGAGCCGUCGGCGACCUAAAUCAGACAUGUAGACCAUCGGUU